AAAGCAAACAAAAGAGGGAAAAACCACACUUCAGAUCUCAAUUACAAGAAAAACACACACUCUCUUCUCUCUUUUUUUCUUCUUUUCUCUUCUCUUCUCUUCUCUUCUCAUCAUCACAGAUAUAAAUUUUCCUUUUUUUUUUUUAAUUUUCUGUUUGAAGGUCUUUUGUUCAGAUUCGAAGUCUUCAAAACUUCUUUGGUUUUUACUGUCUUUUGGCAUAACCCUAACAUUUAGUCUUCUUCCAGCUGAUAUCUUUUUUCCUUUGUCAACAGAAGAUCAUCAUCAUCAUCAUCAUCAUCAUUUUAAACACAAACCAAAAAAAACCCUUAAGUUUUUUAGCUGUUUGUCUGCAAAUUAACAAAAAUUUAAAAAUCCCUUGGUCUUUUCUUGUUUGUUCUUGUCUAAACCGUUCUUCAAUCCUUUCCCAAAUAAGAAUCCAAAAAACAAAACAAAAUUAUGUCAACUAAUCCUUUUUCUCUUCUCUCUUCUACUACCACUUCCUUCCCUCACCCACAAGAUGCCAACCCUAACCCUAACCCUAAACCGAAACCCUCCGCUGCUGCUGCCAAGAAGAAGAGAAACCUCCCCGGAACCCCAGAUCCUGAUGCGGAGGUUAUCGCUUUGUCGCCGAAGUCGCUCAUGGCGACGAAUAGAUUCAUAUGUGAAAUUUGUAACAAGGGGUUUCAGAGAGACCAGAAUCUGCAGCUUCAUCGACGAGGGCAUAACUUACCGUGGAAGUUGCGACAACGGACGAACAAGGAACCGAUUAAGAAGAAGGUGUAUAUUUGUCCAGAAAAGACAUGUGUCCACCAUGAUCCGUCGCGAGCUCUCGGAGACCUCACCGGAAUAAAGAAGCAUUUCAGCCGGAAGCACGGCGAGAAGAAGUGGAAAUGUGACAAGUGUUCUAAGAAAUAUGCAGUUCAAUCUGAUUGGAAAGCUCACUCCAAAACUUGUGGGACUAGAGAAUAUAAGUGCGAUUGUGGAACUCUUUUUUCCAGGAAAGAUAGCUUCAUAACUCAUAGAGCAUUUUGUGAUGCUUUAGCUGAAGAAAGUGCAAGAAUCACAACAGUUUCAGCUACAAAUAUUCUCAAUAAUCUAAGAAAUGAUUCAAAUAAUAUCAAUCUUCUUCAUCAACAAGCUGAUCAUCAUCAAUCUUUGAUUGAUCAUCAUCAAUCUCUUGGAGAUAUUUCUGGACUUUCCCAAUUCACUAAUCAUUCAGAUCAUUUCUUGAGAGAUUUUGAAGAUCAUCAACAAAAGAACAGAUCUCCAUUAUCACUUUGGUUGAACCAAGCUUCUGCUGAAAAUGCAAUCAACAGCAACAACAGUAUUUCCAACUUUUUUGGAGCUUCUUCUUCUUCUUCCAAUCUUUUCGGAUCGAUAACCGAAAACGGGCUUUCGAUGUUGCCAGUGAUGGAGAAAGAAGAUGUUGAGAAUAAGGGAAGUAAUAAUAAUUUUUCUAAAGCUACAUCAUCGUCGGCAGCAGCGCUGUUGUCGGGUCAGUCUUCUCAGUCUGUUGUUUCUUCUUCUCCGAUGUCGGCCACUGCCCUUCUGCAAAAAGCUGCUCUUAUGGGCUCAACUAGAAGCGGCAAUAAUAAUAAUACCCCGCUCUUUGGUUCGGGUGCUUUCGGAGUCAUGAGUUCUUCGUCGUCGUUGUCCUCAUCGUCGUCUUCCAAUGCAGUAAGCAGCUUGAACUCUCUUAAUAAAUCUAGAAGCUUGACAAUGGUUGACUCGGUUCAGAUGAUCGGUAGCAACUCCGACUUAAGCUCGAAUUGUCUCAGCCAACUUCUAAUUCCACCAAACGGUAACAACGCUAUGAGAAGUAGUGGACAAACGAGGGACUUCCUCGGAGUCGGAGGAGGAGAAGCACCCCGACCGCCAUUCCUUCCACCAGAGCUAGCAAAAUUCACCACCAUAAACUCAACAAUGGGACUAAGCCAAUUUGCCGCCAACCACUAAAAUCUCAUCAUCAAAAACCAUCAAACUUAAUCAAAAAUAUCGGAAAAGUGCAGGGCGGCGGAAACGGUCAGAAGGGGCCGACGGCGGGGCCACCGGUGAAUGUUUAAAGUUUGGCAGUUCCAGAAAGCAGUAAAAAGAAGCCAUGCAAUGCAAUGUAAACUUUUUUUUUUCUUUCUUUUUUGUUAUUUUCUAUGUUGUCGUUUGAACUUUUUAAUUUUUCUCCCCAUUUCUUUUCGUAAUUUCGCUUUCAAAUUAUUGCAUUUGCCAGAGAAAAGAAACUACUUCUAUAGUUCUACAUAUAUAUAUAUAUAUAUAAACUUAUAUACA